AAGGCAAGUUAGUUGAAAAGACGGUAAUUUUAAUUUGAGUUCUCUUUCUCUCUCUCUCCAGUCUUCCGUUUUCACCCGAUCCGCUGUUUAGGGUUCCCUCGAAUAUUCCAUUUUCAUUGCUAAUUGUGUUUUCCAAUUUCCCUACAUUCUCUCCAUCGACGAACAAGCGGUUUCUGAUCUCCGCAGGUCAUCCAAAUCUGCUUUAAUUUUAAAAAGGGGAUUUCAUCGAUCAUGACGAUUCAAGAUUCUGGAUUCAUGAUGGAGGACGGGGUUAGUUGCUUGCCGUGCACGCCCGAAGAACAGAAAAAGAUCGUUAUUGAUUUAAGAAACGAAUCCGAGCGUAAUUUGAAAGAAGGCAACUUGUAUUUCGUUAUUUCCAGCAGGUGGUUUCGAAAGUGGGAGAGGUAUGUUGGGAUAGACGCUGAUGCAAAUCUAAUUGGGAACCAAUCUUCUGAUUCUCGGCAUAUGAAUGUGGCUUCUUCGCUGGUGGCAGAAAUGCCCGGUGCCAUUGAUAACUCCGAUAUUGUUCAAAAUGGGAGUGAUUGCAAUUGCAAGGAGAAUGCGAUACAGCUUCGCAGAAAUUUGGUGGAAGGCCAGGAUUAUGUUUUGGUGCCUCAAAGAGUUUGGGAAAAGCUUCAUGAAUGGUAUAAAGGUGGGCCAGCAUUGCCACGGAAGAUGAUUUUGCAGGGUGUCUAUCACAGAACUUUUGAUGUGGAGGUUUACCCACUUCGUCUUAAGUUGAUAGAUUCCAGGGAUGAAAGCCAGUCAGUUAUAUGGUUAAGCAGAAAGGCUUCUCUAUCUGAGCUUUUCCAGAGGGUUUGUGCACUUAGAGGAAUAGAGCAGAAUAAGGCUCGUAUUUGGGAUUACUUCAACAAGAGAAAGCACACACAGUUGUCUGCUUCAAACAGAAGCCUUGAGGAAUCAAACUUGCAGAUGGAUCAAGAUAUUCUUUUGGAGGAAGUUGAUGGACAUCAUUCUUCAAGAUUUGGGUUGGAUUCUACAGGAAAUGAACUAGCUUUGGUUUCCAUGGAACCUUCAAGGUCAUCCUUUACAAUUGCUGGAGGGCCAACCUUGUCUAACGGUCACUCCUCUGGUUUCAAAUCAAAUCAGUAUCCAGGAAGUUCCUUAAGCUCAGGAUUGAAAGAUACAGAUGAUGGUUUUGAUGCCUAUAACACUGUUAGAAAAGGAGAGAAGAGGGGUUUGGCUGGGUUGCAGAACCUAGGAAAUACUUGUUUUAUGAAUAGUGCUCUUCAAUGUUUAGUGCACACGCCGCCACUUGUUGAGUAUUUUUUGAAAGAUUACAGUGAUGAGAUCAACACAAAAAAUCCUUUGGGAAUGCAUGGGGAGCUUGCACUUGCAUUUGGUGAGUUAUUACGAAAAUUAUGGUCCUCUGGGCAAACUGCAAUUGCUCCACGUGUAUUUAAGGGAAAACUUGCUCGGUUUGCACCCCAGUUUAGUGGUUAUAACCAGCAUGAUUCUCAAGAACUUUUGGCCUUCUUACUGGAUGGGUUGCAUGAAGACUUGAAUCGGGUAAAAGAAAAACCUUAUAUUGAAUUGAAGGAUGCAGACGGUCGUCCUGAUGAGGUAGUUGCAGCUGAGUCUUGGAAAAAUCACAAGGCCCGGAAUGACUCAGUGAUUGUGGAUGUUUGUCAAGGUCAAUAUAAGUCAACGCUGGUUUGUCCAGUUUGCAACAAAAUUUCAAUUACUUUUGACCCCUUCAUGUAUUUGUCAUUGCCACUACCUUCAACUAUCACUAGGACAAUGACAGUGACAGUGUUUUAUGGUGAUGGAAGUGGUCUCCCGAUGCCAUAUACUGUCUCUGUGCUGAAAAAUGGAUUCUGCAAAGAUCUCCUUCUGGCUUUGCGUACUGCAUGUUGCUUAAAGACUGACGAGAACCUUCUGCUUGCAGAGGUCUAUGAAAACAAGAUUUACCGGUAUUUGGAGAUGCCCUUGGAGCCAUUGGCUUCGAUAAAGGAUGAUGAACAUAUUGUGGCCUUCCGAAUUCAGAAGAAGGGGAUGGAGAAAACUAAGCUAGUAAUUUUUCAUCGAUGGCAGGAAAAAUCCACAACAGAUUAUCUUAAAAGUGGAAAAGAGCUUUUUGGAACUCCAUUGAUAACUUAUUUGGGAGAAGACCAACCAAGUGGAGCGGAUAUUGAAACUGCUGUUUCUAAAGUAUUGUCACCUUUCAAAAGAAUGCAUUCUUCAGCUAAGGCUCAUAUUGGCAAAGGGAGUGACUUCCUCUCAGAUGGUCUGGAUGAACUAUGCAGCAGUUCUGAUGCUCAGUCAAUUGAAAAUGCAGAGUUUGAGGGUGCAUUGAGCACGGACUUAUCACUCCGGCUCCUUUUGACAGAUGACAGGGUUAUGAACUUCAAGGCUUUUAAGAAGGAUACCCUCUUUGAACCUGGGAAAAUCUUAAGUGUUGUGAUGGAUUGGACUGACAAAGAACAGGGCCUAUAUGAUGCCAGCUACUUGAAGGACAUCCCUGAAGUUCAUAAAGCAGGGUUUGCUGCUAAGAAGACGCGGCAGGAAGCCAUCUCUCUAUCUUCAUGUUUGGAUGCUUUCUUGGUGGAAGAACCACUAGGGCCUGAUGACAUGUGGUAUUGCCCACGUUGCAAGGAACAUAGGCAAGCUGUAAAGAAGCUAGACUUGUGGAUGCUACCAGAGAUUAUUGUUUUCCACUUGAAACGAUUCACUUAUGGCCGAUACCUAAAGAACAAAAUUGAUACUUUUGUGAAUUUCCCAAUUCACAAUCUUGAUUUGAGUAAAUAUGUCAAGAACAAAGAUGGGCAAUCUUAUGUAUAUGAGCUAUAUGCCAUCAGCAACCAUUAUGGUGGUCUAGGUGGCGGGCACUACACUGCAUAUGCUAAGUUGAUUGAUGAGAACAGGUGGUAUCAUUUUGAUGAUGGUCAUGUUUCUCCUGUCAACGAAUCUGACAUCAAGACUUCAGCCGCUUAUCUGUUGUUCUACAAGAGAGUGAAUGAAUCGAAGAUGGAGAUAGGGGAGUCAUCGUAUAGUCAUUCCACCUCUUAAUAGUCUAGGUGAGAACAUUCUGUAAUACCAUUGUUUUUUGGAGCUACUUCCAUUUGAGGUUAUGCUGUGCUCAACUGUGACACUACUUUUCUGAGCAAAGCUGACCUGCGGUCCCACAUUUUAUGGAAGAUAGAUGACACUAGCAUGGGGACCAAACUCACACCGAAAGGGUGGCAAGAAUUCAAGGUAGGGGCAAAUUUUGGUUCCAAUUUUUCAUUUUGAAAGAAAUUUUGGGCAUAGUACUAGCCACUAAAUUUUGUAAUAGGUGCUUAAUUUUUAUUAUGAGCAAGUGAUAGGAGCCAUCUAUUUGUAGUAGGUGCUUAAUUUGUAUUAUGAGCAAGUGAUUGCUACACUCGGCGAUUAAAAUUGGAAGAUGACUGUUCUCAAGUUUAGCCAAUACUAGUAAGUGGUAAAGAUUUUAGAAUCGAUUACCACUUUAAGUUCCAUUUUGUUCAAUUUCUUUGCCCACUUUAUCUAUCAAAAGUUAUAUCUCUACCAGCUGAAUUGACCCAACCCUAUUUAUUUUCCUUCUUUCUUUUUCUCAUCUCCUCUCAUUUCUAUGGGUUAGUUGAACAUGGUGGGAAAAAGUUUGAGGUGUUUAACUUGAUAUGGACAGAAUAAAUCUUGAAAUUACACAUGCUUCAAUUGAAUGUUGUGUGGGUGGAAAAAAUUUCUACGAAAAUACAGAAAUAUAUAAUGGUAGUUCUUAUUAAGUGAAUAAGCAUUUUUUUUAGUUUUUCUUUUUUCUCAAUUGAGUUGAUGGCAUAAAUCCCAGUAAAUUAUAGCAUAUAUACAGAGCUCAAUUUCGAACCGGAAUUAGAAGUUGAACUCGUUUAUUUACUUCGUAUAACCCAUAACAGCUAUAUGCAGUGAAAUCGAUUCUCCAUUGUCUUGAGAUAACACCUUUUGACUACUACAUAUAUCCUUUAUACAAAGCCUUUUUAACUUUUCAACCUCAAAAAUAGUAUUUACUAUAGGGCAGAACAAGGGAGUUGGUUUUCCACCGUUGAAGCAAAUGGUUGUCAACAGUUAACAGAUGAUGCUCCCGAAUUUUGCUUGCAGAAAGCUAUAAUG